GGACACACCUUUUUAAUGGGUUCCAUGCUCUUCCUGCGCUGCGUGUUGUAAAUUAGCUGGAGGAACAUUGAAGAGAUGAGCAGAGAGAAUAAUAAAGAUACUUUGACCAUGGAGAGUCAGUUUAAUGAAGAUGAUGCAAUUGAUGAAUUAAAUGAUGAAACAUUUGGAAAUGGAGCAGUAGAAGGUGAUUGGGAGUCGUAUCAUGAAUCUAAUGUUGAACCAGAAAAACACAAACUCACUACUAGUCAACCAGAUGAAGAGCGGGAUGAAGAGGCUAAGGUAUUAUCAAAAUUCCACGACAUAAAGCUAAAGGAUCUAUGGGACACUCCAGCACUCCCUGCUGGCUCUCCUUCCCCAUCGACCCUUAACAUAUGGAGCUCUCCUGAAUUACCUUCUCCAGGUCGGAAGCCUUUUAGUAGCCCAAAAGUCGUUCCCAAGAUGAGAACAGUCGAGGAUCUAGAGAAAGAUUUUCUGUCGUCUUCAAUGUCUCCUUCUCCUCCUCCUCCUUCCUCCUCUCCCUCCCUCAGCUCACCUCACCCUGCUCACUCUCCUUCCCAUCCACACCUCUCCUCUUCUCCUAGUAACGUUUAUCAUCAUCCUCCACCUCCUCCUGGCCACUCUCCUCUACCUCAUCAUCCUGUCUAUAUCAGACAUCCUAUGAUGUAUUAUCGUGGCCCUCUCCCGAUGGGCAGGCCCCCACACCCACCUGGCCCACCACACAGAGUCUUAUUACCGCCGCCACACCCACCAAUGAUAAGAGGACCACUCCCUCCAAACGUGCCACUAAUGGGACCGCCCCCUCAUUUAAUUCCCAGGGGUUAUCCUCCUCAUCCCCACAUGAUCCCCUAUAGACCAUAUAUGGGGCCACAUCCACACCCACCUCCUCCUCAUGGUCCAAUGCCUUUCAUUGCUCCUCCAGCUCCUCCACGAUAUCCUUCAAAAAUGCACGAGAUGUUGUCCGAUUUAAAACCAGACGGGAGUGGGUUUAUGAGCACGAAAGAGAAGGAAUGGGUCAUUAAAGUCCAGCUCCUUCAGCUCCAUAAUACCAGCCCACUGAUUGAGGACUAUUAUUAUCAGCGUUAUGUCCAGAAGAAGUUUCAGGAACAGAUCAAAGGAGAGGGUGUGGUUUCUUCUGAUAACAAGAUGGACGACAUGACAUUACCACCGCCUGUCAGUAAAGACGACAAGAAGAGAAGCAAAGUUGAAUUUGAAAACACUCUCGGAAAAUUAAGUGUUAGCUCAGUCACUGCUCCCAGAAGGAGCAUUGAUGUUGGACUCUCGAGUGAAAUUAAUAAAAGAGACAAUACCAGUAGUACUGUAAUGAGUGGGAGUAAGAAGAGGCUUAUACUGAUGUACAUUGAAGAGCUCUAUAAUCUAUUGAUUAAACUGGAGGACAAUGAGGUCUCGCCCGAAGAAGAUGCGAGCAGUCAGAUAUUUAAAUUAUUGAAAUUGGAAGUGGAUGAAAAUGGAGCAGUCAUAAAGGAAAGUGCAACAUUCUUUCAUCAAAUGUUACACUUCAGAAAAGGGAAGAGGGUUGUUCAAAGGAUUCUUCCAUUCCUUAAUGAGUUGCAUGGUAACAUAGUCCUACAGUCCAUUACAACUAACAUUUAUAGUAUUAUUAAGAAAGACUCGGUUGAUAAGGUACUGCCUGAGCUGUUACCUCCAAUUAAUGGGAUAAUAUUAAAGUUGUCUCUAAAUGAUAUUAAUGUACAUUUAAAGUUCAUCACUGCUUCAUUUAAUAGCAAGAUAUCAGAGAAUCCAUUUCUACAUAAUGUCACAAUAUCUUUACUAACAAGAGGAGCUAGUAUACUGACUCAGAGCUCUGAUACUGAAAUAACCGAAUGGCACAAGUCCAUUGCUCAGCUAAACAAGACUAUAGUUUUAUUAAAUGUAAAGUCGUCGGACAUUUUGAAAAUAUUAGGUGACCUGGCCACGCCCAUAAGUAAUCACGCCUACCAAUAAUAAAUUAUUUUGUGUAAUAUUUCUUUAUUGGUGUACUACUUUCAUUUAUUCUUGUUACAUGUUUUUUUUUCAUUUUUUCUCUUUAUAUAUUAGCCAUAAAAAUCAUUAAAAAUAAA